GUUGGUUGAAUUGUACAUGGGCCUUCUAUAAAGCGAAAAAGAAAGGAAUAGUGAGCUUCUCUAGUUUUCUAUAAACCAGAGUUAGACGUCCUACUGGACAACUCAUUCCUAAGUGUGUAGCAAUAAUACUGAGUACUACCGGUUGUCCACUUGAGCUAUUAAUUUGAUGGCUAGCAACGUACUGCAACCCCAAUAAUAACCCUGUUUGAAAAUCUAGAGUACCUCUACGCGUUAUUUUGACUGCAUGUGAUUCCUCUCAUGAUCACCAGGUCCUUGUUUUGGUUGGACAGCGCAUAAAUGUUGCGCUCAAGUGCCUCAAAUUAAGACUCCCCUCUCCUACCUACAACACAAAAGACCUUUUUUUCAGCAAAAGAGGGCGCCACCCCCUCCGAUUUCAUAUAAUGAAACCAACUGGUUCAACUGCCAAACAAACAACAAAAACAAAACGAAACACCUUCAUGGCCCGUGUAUAAAUAUUGUGUACAUGACCCUCUUUCCACUCACCCACACAAAUCAUCUCCUCCUUCCUCCCUCCCUCUCUCUCUCUCUCUCUCUCUCUCUCUCUCUCGCACGCACGCACGCAGGCACACAAGAAAAAAAUCAAGAUGGUUGACACACUGAGUGAAGAGAAGAUCAUUGGAUACUUCAAGAACAAGAGCAUCCUCAUCACUGGAUCAACAGGCUUUCUUGGAAAGAUACUAGUGGAAAAGAUACUGAGAGUUCAACCUGAUGUGAAGAAGAUCUACCUCCCGGUGCGAGCGGUGGAUGCGGCUGCGGCGAAGCAUCGGGUGGAGACUGAGGUGGUAGGGAAGGAGCUGUUCGGGCUUCUGAGGGAGAAGCACGGGGACGGGUUUCAAUCUUUCAUCGGAGUGAAGAUCGUCCCGUUGGCCGGAGAUGUGAUGCGUGAGGACUUCGGCGUCGACAGCGAGACCUUGAGGGAGCUCCGGGUGACCCAAGAGCUCGAUGUCAUCGUUAAUGGCGCCGCCACCACCAACUUCUACGAAAGGUAUGAUGUGGCCCUGGACGUGAACGUGAUGGGAGUAAAGCAUAUGUGCAACUUCGCCAAGAAGUGCCCCAAUCUCAAGGUGCUCCUCCACGUUUCCACGGCUUAUGUGGCGGGUGAGAAGCAAGGACUGGUGCAAGAGAGACCAUUCAAGAAUGGCGAGACGCUGCUUGAGGGGACCCACCUCGAUAUCGACACCGAGCUGAGACUGGCCAAGGACCUGAAAAAGCAGCUUGAGGCCGACGUCGACUCGUCGCCCAAGGCCGAAAGGAAGGCCAUGAAGGACCUUGGCCUUACCAGGGCCCGGCACUUCGGGUGGCCGAACACAUACGUGUUCACCAAGUCGAUGGGGGAGAUGGUGCUGGGCCAGUUGCAGUGUGAUGUCCCUGUUGUCAUCGUCCGUCCCAGCAUCAUCACCAGUGUCCAGAACGACCCACUGCCCGGAUGGAUCGAAGGCACCAGGACGAUCGACACGAUCGUGAUCGGCUAUGCCAAGCAGAACCUGGCAUACUUCUUGGCCGACCUCAACCUCACCAUGGAUGUGAUGCCCGGCGACAUGGUGGUGAAUGCGACGAUGGCUGCCAUCGUGGCACACAGCUCGUCCUCAUUGGAGAAGACAAAGCCAUAUCCCGAGCCACACGCACCGGCGGUGUACCAUGUGAGCUCGUCGCGGCGUAAUCCGGCACCAUACAAUGUGCUUCACGAGGCGGGGUUUCGGUACUUCACGGAGCACCCUCGGGUGGGCCCUGACGGCCGCACCGUGGGUACCCAUAAGAUGACAUUCCUCAGCAGCAUUGCUUCCUUCCACCUCUUUAUGAUGCUCAGGUACCGCCUCCUCCUCGAGCUCCUCCACCUGCUCUCCAUCCUCUGCUGCGGCCUCUUCGGCCUCGACACCCUCUACCACGACCAAGCACGCAAGUACAGGUUCGUGAUGCACCUGGUGGAUCUGUACGGGCCCUUCGCGCUGUUCAAGGGGUGCUUCGAUGACGUCAACCUAAACAAACUAAGGCUCGCCAUGACCAGCAACCAUGGCAGCCUCUUCAAUUUCGACCCGAAGACCAUUGACUGGGAUGACUAUUUCUACAGGGUCCACAUCCCCGGGGUCAUAAAGUACAUGCUCAAGUGAAAUAUCCAUGCACCGAAAUUCAGGCGUUGCCUUAGUAAUUAAAUAAUCGUACGUUGCUCCCAAAUUGGGUUCUAACCGUUAAAUAAUCUAUAUGAAAGAGGAAAAUGUGUCUGUCGCUUGAUAGAGCAGGCAUCAACUUGCAUAUGCUUCUUGAAGAACAAGGAAUGCUACAUUAUGUAGUCUUGUUCUAGCUCAUGUUGUAUUGCCAGUUAUGACUAGUAUUGGUUGAUAACAAUUUCUUGUUCAGUCACGUGUUGUACCUUGACUAGUAUUGAUUGUUAAUAAUUUCUUUUCAAGAGAAAUAAAUAUAGUGCUCCAAGAUUUGUGAA